AUGACUCUGAGAAAGUCUACUCGCGUACCUCUCCUCCCUUUCACCAUCUUUGUGGUAGUCUUUGGUCUCGUCUUCUUGGCAUCGCCAGCAUCAGCCUCCGCCUCAGCAGCACCAGCCGCACCCUCACCAUCCGCCGACGUUGAACUCAUCUGUCACACGGACAACGCGUCAGAAUGUUAUCCCAAGAUCUUCCAACCAACAGAAGAGUUCCAAAAAGUUCACGAUGACCAAGAACUACCACCUGGACUUCACGUACGCCUGAACAUCUAUACGGGCCUCAAGGAAGCCAAAAUCAACGACCCUGACGAGAAGAACCCAGCUCUUGAGGACCUCCCUGUGGACCGUUCGGUGGUGGUCGUAGACUCGGACAAGGCCCCAGAGGUUGAGAUCCACAAGGACGCGCCCAGGUAUGAACCCGUCGGUAAGGUCAAGCAGCCACAACAGGAGUCGGGCGAGUUCUACACCCACCUCGAGUUCGUCAAGAAGGGCGCGCACGGGAGCGACCUUCCCAUGGAUGAGGCUCUCGAGUUCCUUGAGGAUAUCUCUCACGACAUCUACUACGGGCUCAAAAUCACCGAGACCUUUGACACCGUCAGGUCCCUAUUCUGCCUAAUGGUUGACCCCAAGACGCCGGCUCCAUCCGAAGGCGCUGUGCCCCGUGACCAACAGGCCGCCGCCAUCAUCUCUGGCGCGCUGCAGAAUAACCCCACCGCACUCAAGGAGGUGGCCAAGGUCUGGCCUCAGCUGAUGGACGCCUCGUGCCGCUCGCCCAACAAGGCACCAGAACUCAAGCUCCGCGACGGGUUCUACGCCUCGUUCGUGCCGCCGCCGGAGGCCACCGAUCACGACGUUCUCCGCGCGGCGAACAAGGCCAAGGCGCAGAUCGCCGCGAUCAAGGGCCUGACCAAGAGUCCGGCGAUCCGAGACGACUUCAUCGCCAACAAGGGCAUGGACCGCAUCCUCGAGGUCCUCGGCCCCCAGGACGCCCGGUGGGAGACUGCGCAGCGUAAGGCCGGGCAGUUCGUGCUGGACACCUUCCUUGACGAGAACAUGGGCGCCGAGAUGGGCGUGUGGCCCCUUUUCAAAGCGUCCGAGGCCGACACCUCCAAGAGGGUGGCCGACCGCGUCAACGACGAGAACUGGAAGGUCGCUGUGAAGAGCAUUAUGGAGAAGAACAAGGGAGACAAGACCCACUGGAGCCGAGAGCUGUAUGACCGCCUAGAUGCGCACGAGAAGGCGCAGCUGAAGAUGAUAGAGAAGGCAGAGUUGUGA